UCUCCUUUCUUCUCUUCCUCAUCUCUCUCUGUCAGCUCUCUCAGUAGUUUAGCAGCAGGCUAGUUACGGAGAGAGACGAGGGCUGCUGCUCCCUUUCUCCUCUCUGCUCAGUCUGCCCACAGCUCACCAACACACCACAUUCCGCACCAUGGCUGCCACGGAUGUUGACGUGUUUUCGAAUGAAGAGAAGCGUAACCUAAAUUUGGGCGGACAUGUUGGAUUCGACAGCCUCCCUGACCAACUGGUCAGUAAAUCGGUCACACAGGGAUUUUGUUUUAACAUUCUCUGUGUAGGGGAGACCGGUAUCGGCAAGUCAACGUUAAUGAACACACUCUUCAACACCAUGUUCGAGAACGAAGAGGCGAGCCAUUAUCAGAAUGGCGUGUAUCUGCGACCGCGAACAUACGACCUGAAAGAAAGCAACGUCCAACUCAAACUGACGAUCGUUGACACCGUUGGCUUCGGUGAUCAGAUCAACAAAGAUGACAGUUACAAGCCCAUCGUUGACUACAUCGACACUCAGUUUGAAAACUAUCUCCAGGAAGAGCUGAAGAUCAAGCGCUCGCUGUUUAACUACCACGACACCAGGAUCCACAUCUGCCUUUAUUUCAUCGCCCCGACAGGACACUCCCUCAAGUCCCUGGACCUCGUCACUAUGAAAAAACUGGACAGCAAGGUAAACAUAAUUCCCAUCAUUGCCAAAGCGGACACAAUCUCCAAGAGUGAGCUCCAUAAAUUCAAAAUAAAGAUUAUGAGCGAGCUGGUGAGCAACGGCGUCCAGAUAUAUCAGUUCCCGACAGACGACGAAACCGUCAGUGAGAUCAACGCCUCCAUGAACGCCCAUCUGCCCUUUGCUGUGGUUGGGAGCGUGGAAGAGGUCAAAGUCGGGAACAAAACAGUGAGAGCCAGACAGUACCCCUGGGGUAUCGUGCAAGUCGAGAACGAGGCCCACUGCGACUUUGUAAAACUGCGAGAGAUGUUGAUCAGGGUCAACAUGGAGGAUCUGAGGGAGCAGACCCACGCCCGCCACUACGAGCUGUACCGGCGCUGUAAGCUGGAGGAGAUGGGCUUCAAAGAUACAGAUCCCGACAGCCAACCGUUCAGUCUCCAAGAGACGUACGAGGCCAAGAGGAAAGAGUUCUUGGGGGAUCUGCAGCGUAAAGAGGAAGAAAUGAGACAAAUGUUUGUCAACAAAGUAAAAGAGACAGAAGCAGAGCUGAAAGAAAAGGAGAGAGAGCUGCACGACAAGUUCGAGCAGCUCAAGCGGAUGCACCAGGAAGAGAAGAGGAAGGUGGAGGAGAAGAGGAGAGACCUGGAGGAAGAGAUGAACGCCCACAACAGGAAGAAGAUCGCAGCCGAGACGCUCUCCUUAUCUCAGCCCCUCAAGAAGGACAAGGACAAGAAAAACUCGGUGAAGAUGGAGAACCAGUCGGGCGUGAGCGCCUCCAGCUCCAAAGUGAUGAUGGCCAAGGCCAACGUGGAGCCCUUGAACUGCCAAAGCUGGUGGCAGGCCAUACAGUGCUGCACCUGUCUGGUCCACAACGCCGCCUGGAGGCCUGCGGGCCUCUUCUGAUGCCCCGGCCCGCCGGGAAGCACACCGGGGUCAGUUGGCGAGUCCCAGCCGACGCCAGAGCCGAGCCCGAUGGACGGAAUGAGGUGAGGGUGGCCGGAGAUGAGCAGGGCGUGGAACUAGACCGCAGAGGAGUGGGAGAGGAACGAGACCAAAACGUUAGCAUAAUGAUGUCAUUGUUGUCUCAUUGUCCAUCCAUUGCUCACCCUUCACCUCUACUACUUCAUACCAACAUCAGAUAUAGCCGUGCAUUUAACGCCCAACCUUUCAUACCUGACAAAACAUCAACACGUCAUUCAUUCCUUUGAUUCGUUCUCCUGUCCCUUUGUGAUUCUCUACUCUUCUCAAGUGUUCAUCGCUCUGUGCAGGACGACACUUUGAGCAACAGAUAGAGAACGUCACCAUCAGGUUUUUACUAAUGACGACCCGACCCCGUUUGCCUGAGGAAUCAUAGUAAUCUUGUUCGUAUUGUAUCGUACGUGCAGUGCUUUUCUGUGUUCCCAUCUGUAGGCAGGAACUGUAAAUCACAACCUGAGCGGGGGGCUCCAUGUUAAAGAGGACGCUUUGAGUUUCUUCCUAUUCUUGUCACACCGGGAUUAGAAAACAGAAGAAAAAUCACAGACUAGAUUUCGAAAUAUCAACGCAAUCUUUCUAAUGUUGCAGUCAAAUGUCAUUCAUGUUGUGUUUAGCUCAUUUGCUUUAGUUCGUCUCUUACUCGGUAGCAAAAAUAAGCCAUGGGUUUCUAAAGAAAGUGGAGUUUACUGGGAGGUAGAUUCAGCGAUGUGGUGCAAAAAGUCAAAAAAAUAAUCCCUGAAACAGGUCCGCUUGACUUCUUAAAACUCUCUAAACUCCCUUUCUCCUCCUCAAGUUUUCCUUCUUCACUCCAUUUUUGGAAACAUUGGUAAUUCAGGGUGAUGUAGCAAACAAGGAUGGUGAAAGAUUUGAGCAUCACAUCGCUGAUUCUGCCUCUAUUGAGAGGAAAUGACAAAGCAUCUCUGUAAAUCCUCUUAUUUAUUCAUAUCAAAGUGUCAUGGUGGAGAGUCUGUGACAAAUUAUUUAUUGAUCGCUGUUUUAUAGACAAUGGAUAAUAUAACACUUUAUUUAGGGAAGGGAAUGCAGAGUAAUUUCUUCUGGGCAGGGGGGGGAAGAAUGUAAUUGUGAGAUACAGUGUUGUUCAAAAGUAUAAAAAUAUUUAUUUGAAUAGUA